UUUCAACUUCCCUCCAGCUGUAUCAAGGAAGCUCAAUAUUCUAUAGCUUCCUUGGGGUGUACUAAGUCCUGCAACGAUGACCAUCCUGGAGGCACAGCAAGGGCUGAGAGGGGGCAUCAUGAGGUAAUCACUGACCUGCUUCACCCAGAGAUGUGUCCUGUGCUGGGCUGCUGCUCCUACCUGGGGGAAUUACCGCAGAGUGUUUCUAGUAACCAGAGGCAGUAAAUAGAGUGUCUACUGAAUUUCUAAUGGAACAAACAAGCAGUGUUGUCUCAAGUCACUAUUAAUUCUGGCCUUUCACCAGAAGAGAGGUGCUCACAUUCUCUGCUGACAAUGAGGAAGAGAUUUCUUAGUCAGGCAUAGCAUCGAUGUUACCCCUCCCAUCGACCAGAAGUUUUUCGCUUAUAUCACGGAGUGGCACCAACUCGUGUUCGUGUCCGAAUUUGUUGAAAUGAAGUAUUCCCAAACACGGGACGGUAUUAACCUUACCAACAGCAAGAUCACACACUCUAAGGUUCGGAAUGGCAAAACCACUGAGCAUCCCCAGGAUCUGCCAAAAUCCAUCCCCGAGGGCUGGAAUAUCAUCAUACUGACAGUUGCUGGAAGAUCUCUCAACGUAGCACUUGUCCUGAGCGCGGGUAAUGUGAACCUCCUCAACCUAACCUUCGACCACGACGUCAAAGAGAUGUACAUCGCAGGAAACUUUUCGCUUUGCCCUAAAGGAUCGCCUGAAUGGGAGGUACCUAAAGGAAAAGAAGUCACUGUACUACUCCACCCAGAAGACAGCGUAACAGAGCAGUGGAUUGAAGUGAUUGCUGGGACUUCGUCUAGUCCUUUUUUCAGGUUUCCUGAUAAGGACAAGAAAUUCCCUGUUCCUGCCAACAGUACCCUUAAGUGCCGUACCAUCCUACGUGGGAACUACGCUAUAUUAACAGUGUACAAGAAAAAUGGGAGUGACUACGUGGAGGUAGAAAGCAGUGUGAUGCCCUUAACCGCCCCCAGGACCCUGGUAGUGGGCGACGCCUUGCUCGCCCGCCUCUUGUCUCAUUUUCUUGCGCCCCCCGCCGACUUACCUACAUGUACAUCUUACUUAUGGUUACUGUCGGUAUUUGGUGUGGUCAUUGUCAUAGUGCCCAUCUAUACACUGAAGAAAAAAUGUAACAAGAACACCAAUGACGACAGCGAAGCGGCCGAUGUGAAUGAUAACGCACAAAUGCCCCUGAUGACCCAAAACAAGGAAAUUACGAAGAAUUUACUGAUACUGGUUGGUCCAAAUUGUAUGCGCUCCUUGGUCAACAUCCUUAAUAAACAUUGCCAGCAGGCUGCUCCCAGGAUAAACGUUUCAUCCCUUCCCUUAGUCACAGUGCAUGCCGUGAGAACGAACAACGGGCAAGAGGGACCUCGACAGUUGGACUUCAUUCCCAGUGACCAUAACAGUGUUCCAUUAAUGGAACACCAGCCCCAUGAAGGACCUGCACUCAUCGAAUUGACGGGAAGGAUGAAACAGGAGGAUUGGGAAGCCCUGCUGCAGGACGUCACGGCCUUGAUAAAAUAACCACAACGAUUUUUUUUUAAUUAGUGAGGGGAAGCAGAAAAGCGAAUUUUCCUUCCGUUAUAUUUUAUACGUUUCCUUUCAUGUAAAACGAUAUUAGAGAAUAAGAAAAAGUAAUCAAUAUUAUGGCAAUAGCAGACAUGUUAACAGUAAUCAGAUUAGAUUAGAUAACGGUUUUCUAUAUGAAUUCUAUAUGAAUUCUAUAUGAAUUUAUUCAGCUAAAUAAAGUGUAAUAGUGCAAUUUU